AUGCCCGGCAAAAUUAUAUUAGUAACAGGCACCUCGAGCGGCUUUGGCAACCUUGCCGUUUUGCAUCUUGCCAAGGCCGGCCACACUGUCUACGCCAGCAUGCGACAGCUGGAGUCCAAAAAUGCUCAAGUCGCGACUGAUUAUAAGGAUUUCUGCGCCAAGAACUCGGUUGACAUCCGACCCCUGGAGUUGGACGUCAGCGAGCAAAAGUCGUCAGAUGAAGCGAUUAAGCGCAUCAUCUCGGAGAGUGGUCGGCUCGACGUCAUCGUCCACAACGCCGGACACAUGUGCUUCGGGCCUCUGGAGUCGUUCACGGCCGAGGAACUGGCGCGCUACUAUGACAUCAACACUCUUGGGCCCCACCGCGUCAACUCGGCUGCGCUGCCUCACAUGCGCAAGGCUGGAACGGGCCAGCUGGUCUGGAUCGGCUCCAGCAGCACCAGCGGUGGAACCCCUCCGUUCUUGGGCCCUUACUUUGCUGCUAAGUCAGGCAUGGACUCUUUGGCAGUUUCCUAUGCUUCCGAGCUGAGCAAAUGGGGCAUCAGCACAACCAUUGUGGUUCCUGGUGUCUUUACAUCUGGAACAAACCAUUUUGCGCACGCCGGUAAGGGUUCCAAACAGGCCAUCGAGAAGGCCUAUUUUGAGGGGCCAUACCACGGGGUAGCAGAGCGCUCCAUGAAGGGUAUGGAGAAGGGUGACGCGGAAGGCGAUGUCACCGACGUUGCUAAGGCUGUUGUUGAUGUAGUUGGUGCGCGACAAGGAAAGGCGCCAUUCAGGGUCCACAUUGACCCAUGGAAUGACGGUGCCGAGAACGUGAAUAAAGUGAGGGACCAGAUGCGGGUCAAGUGGCACCAGAAAACGGGUUUGGAAGAUCUGCUGCAGGUCAAAGCGCCUGGGGCGUGA